AUGGCCACAGAGCCACAGGGCCACAGAGCCACAGAGCCACAGAGCCACAUGGCCACAGAGCCACAUGGCCACAGAGCCACAGGGCCACAGAACCACAUGGCCACAGAGCCACAUGGCCACAGAGUCACAUGGCCACAGAGCCACAUGGCCACAGAGCCACAGAGCCACAGAGCCACAUGGCCACAGAGCCACAGAGCCACAGGGCCACAGGGCCACAGAGCCACAGGGCCACAGGGCCACAUGGCCACAGAGCCACAGAGCCACAUGGCCACAGAGCCACAUGGUCACAGAGUCACAUGGCCACAGAGCCACAGAGCCACAGAGCCACAGAGCCACAGAGCCACAGAGCCACAUGGCCACAGAGCCACAGAGCCACAGGGCCACAGGGCCACAGAGCCACAGGGCCACAGGGCCACAGAGCCACAGAGCCACAGAGCCACAUGGCCACAGAGCCACAGAGCCACAGGGCCACAGAGCCACGUGGCCACAGGGCCACAGGGCCACAGGGUGACCCAGACCUCUCUCCGCUCCUACAUCGGCGUGGUUCCUCAGGACACGGUGCUCUUCAAUGACAGCAUAAGAAACAACAUCCGCUACGGACGCGUUCUCGCUAGCGACCAGGAGGUGGAGGAGGCUGCCCUCGCUGCGGACAUACACUACAAGAUCCUGUCGCUGCCCGAGGGGUAUGAGACCCAGGUGGGAGAGAGGGGUCUGAAGCUGAGUGGAGGAGAGAAACAGAGAGUAGCCAUCGCCCGUACCAUCCUGAAAGACCCUCGUAUUAUACUGCUGGAUGAGGCCACGUCAGCCCUGGACACACAGACAGAACGAAACAUCCAGGCGUCAUUCUCCAAAGUCUGUGCCAACAGGACCACUAUAGUAGUGACACACAGAUUGUCGACCAUCAUUGGAUCAGAUCAGAUCCUGGUCGUCCAAGAUGGCCAGAUUGCUGAGAGAGGGAGGCAUGAGGAGUUGCUGUCCCAGGGAGGUUUGUACUCUGCUAUGUGGCUGAAACAGCAGCGCAGCACAGCCAACACAGAGACAUACAACUCUAACCCAGAGGGCCAGCAGCAGCCCGCUACUCCCCACCACGGUCCCUGAGCCAGUAGCACAGAGCUAACCUACAGCUAACCAGGGAACAGAGGAGCAGAUUGAGCCAGGAUAGAGCUCAACCAUCUGAAGGAAAAGAUUCAACUCAUAUUGUGGCAUUUUGGACGAGGUUCUGAGUCGAGUUUCAAUAGGACCAAAGACACAUUACUGCUGCUCCAAGAAAAGCACUGGAUGGUAACUUUACAAAGCUAGUUACACUAGAUGGUAACUUUACAAAGCUAGUUACACUAGAUGGUAACUUUACAAAGCUAGUUACACUAGAUGGUAAUUUUACAAAGCUAGUUACAAUAGAUGGUAACUUUACAAAGUUAGUUACACUAGAUGGUAACUUUACAAAGCUAGUUACACUAGAUGGUAACUUUACAAAGCUAGUUACACUAGAUGGUAACUUUACAAAGCUAGUUACACUAGAUGGUAACUUUACAAAGCUUGUUACACUAGAUGGUAACUUUACAAAGCUAGUUACACUAGAUGGUAACUUUACAAAGCUAGUUACUCUAGAUGGUAACUUUACAAAGCUAGUUACACUAGAUGGUAACUUUACAAAGCUAGUUACACUAGAUGGUAACUUUACAAAGCUAGUUACACUAGAGGGUAACUUUACAAAGCUAGUUACACUAGAGGGUAACUUUACAAAGCUAGUUACACUAGAUGGUAACUUUACAAAGCUAGUUACACUAGAUGGUAACUUUACAAAGCUAGUUACACUAGAUGGUAACUUUACAAAGCUUGUUACACUAGAUGGUAACUUUACAAAGCUAGUUACACUAGAUGGUAACUUUACAAAGCUAGUUACUCUAGAUGGUAACUUUACAAAGCUAGUUACACUAGAUGGUAACUUUACAAAGCUAGUUACACUAGAGGGUAACUUUACAAAGCUAGUUACACUAGAGGGUAACUUUACAAAGCUAGUUACACUAGAGGGUAACUUUACAAAGCUAGUUACACUAUAUUUAAUGAUAACAUGUGGUGUACGUGGGAAGUUAAAGCAGACUCCCAACUCUGAAUUAGCUGUGUCAAAUACCCUCAGACCAAAGAGGAUGAAUUGUUGUUCAUCUGUGUGUUAGAGGAAACACUUCAACUUUAACUGUGAAUCUACUAUUUUAUUAAACUGAUUAUGACGGACAUUUAUUAAAGACUUGAUCAGUUGUACAUCAUCCAUAAGUACAUUGCAAUAAA